UGUCGUUCCUUCAAGCGGGCAUAUGCUAUGGUGGAACUUGGUGGCGGAGAUGAACUAUUUUUGCUGGAGGAAUAACAAUAAAAUUCCACAUUGAUUUUGAAACGCUUACAUUAGAAAUUCAGAGUUUAAAGUGGAAGAAGAAGAGGGAAUGAAGAGUGGAGUAGCACAAAUGAAUUCUGGAUCUAGCUGUGAAAGGAAGGGAGCUUACAAUCCUCGCCAAAGAAGUGCCUCCCCAGAAGACAGGAAUAAGUUCAUGGAACGUAAGAGGUCUCAGUCACCCCAAAGCAAAGGUCACUUGGAACAUAGAAGACCUGACAGAGAACAUUCAGGAAAGGGGCAUUACGAUGACAGAUAUACAGAACCAAGAGGGAGAGAAAGACAGGAAAGAGAGAGAGAAUCUGAUUGGAAGAAGCACAGGAAAUCCCGGUCACCCGAUAGAAAAAAUGAUAUGGAGAAAUCAGCAGUACAGGGCUCUCUUUCUCAUGAGGAGCCCCCUCCAAAGAAGAAGAAAGAGGAGGUGGAUCCAAUCCUUACCCGCACUGGAGGUGCAUACAUUCCUCCAGCAAAGCUCAGGAUGAUGCAGGCACAAAUCACUGAUAAAAAUAGCUUAGCCUAUCAAAGAAUGAGUUGGGAAGCACUGAAGAAAUCCAUCAAUGGUCUCAUCAACAAGGUGAAUGUUUCAAACAUUGAAAAUAUUAUACAUGAACUUCUUCAAGAAAACAUUGUGAGAGGCAGGGGAUUACUUGCAAGAUCAAUUUUGCAGGCCCAGAGUGCUUCACCCAUCUUCACUCACGUAUAUGCAGCAGUUGUAGCAAUCAUCAAUUCCAAGUUUCCAAAUAUUGGGGAAUUGAUUCUCAAGAGGCUCAUUUUAAAUUUUCGUAAGGGAUACAGAAGAAAUGAUAAGCAACUUUGCCUGACAGCUUCCAAGUUUGUUGCACAUCUUAUGAAUCAGAAUGUGGCUCAUGAGGUUUUAUGUUUGGAAAUGCUCACAUUGCUCCUGGAAAGACCUACAGAUGAUAGUAUUGAAGUAGCAAUUGGGUUUCUAAAGGACUGUGGCCUCAAGUUAACUGAAGUAUCUCCCAGAGGUGUUAAUGCCAUCUUUGACCGCCUUCGCCAUGUCCUUCAUGAAUCUGAAACUGACAAGCGAGUUCAGUAUAUGAUUGAAGUCAUGUUUGCUGUGCGCAAAGAUGGAUUCAAAGAUCACCCAGUGAUUCCAGAUGGACUUGAUCUUGUGGAGGAGGAGGAUCAGUUUACCCACAUGUUACCUUUGGAAGAUGAAUACAAUCCAGAUGAUGUUCUCAAUGUCUUCAAAAUGGACUCUGAUUUUAUGGAAAAUGAAGAGAAGUACAAAGCUCUGAAAAAAGAAAUUCUUGACGAAGGUGACAGUGAUUCAGAAGCUGGUCAGGAUGCUGGAAGUAGUGAAGAGGAGGAUGAGGAAGAAAGAGAGGAGGAAGAUGAGGAUGAAGAAGGACAAAAAGUUACCAUCCAUGACAAAACGGAAAUUAACUUGGUUUCCUUCCGGCGAACCAUUUACCUUGCAAUUCAGUCGAGUUUAGAUUUUGAGGAAUGUGCUCACAAACUGCUGAAGAUGGAUUUUCCUGAAAGCCAAACAAAAGAACUGUGCAACAUGAUACUUGACUGUUGUGCUCAGCAAAGAACAUAUGAGAAAUUCUUUGGUUUACUAGCUGGGCGCUUCUGUAUGUUGAAAAAAGAAUACAUGGAGUCAUUUGAAGCAAUUUUCAAAGAGCAGUAUGAUACUAUACAUCGGCUGGAAACAAACAAGUUGAGGAAUGUUGCCAAGAUGUUUGCUCAUCUUUUAUACACAGAUUCGCUUCCAUGGAGUGUCCUUGAAUGCAUAUCUCUAAGUGAAGAAACUACAACAUCAUCCAGUAGGAUUUUUGUUAAAAUAUUCUUCCAAGAGCUUAGUGAAUAUAUGGGACUCCCUAAUCUUAAUGCAAGGUUGAAAGAUGAAACCCUGCAACCGUUCUUUGAAGGAUUAUUACCACGAGAUAAUCCAAGAAAUACUAGAUUUGCAAUCAAUUUCUUCACUUCAAUUGGUCUUGGAGGACUGACGGAUGAACUACGGGAGCACCUGAAGAAUGCACCAAAAAUAAUAAUGACACAGAAGCAAGAUGUAGAGUCCUCUGACUCAUCUUCAGAAUCAGAUACAUCUGAUUCGGAUGAUGACACCAGCAGCAGUGAGACCUCAGGUUCCUCUAGUGGGAAUGAGUCCACUUCAGACAGUAGGCACAGCAGUGACUCAGAUAAGAAAAAAUCUCAAAAGAAGAAAAAUUUGGAUAAAAGCACCAGGAGAAAACAAGAGAAUAAAAAGAAGAAAUUUGAAAAGGAAAAAGAAAGGAGGCAGCCUGAGAAGGAAAACGGUGCUGGAAGAAACUCGGAGCGGAAUGCUGACAGAAGCUCCAGUAGGAGAGAGGAAGCGUCCCAGAAACUCUCUUAUGAUAGAGAUUAUUCCAGUGAUAGAAAUAACUACCAGAGUGGAAAGGAGAGGAAUCGAGAAAGAAAUGUACCUUUAGACAGCAAAACCACCCAUUCUAAAAAGAAAAAAGAAAGAAGGCAUUCUUCUUCUGAGGACGAAGGGAGGGACAGACACCAUACAAGGGACAGCAAGCUCCACAGAGGAGAGGAGGACAGAUCGAAGUCCAGAGAGAGGCCUCACCGUUAUCCCAGCCCCAGAGAGGCUGAGGAAAACAGCCAAUAUUCAAGCCAGUUUAAAGAGUUAAGGAGAGAUGAAGGCAGGAGAAAGCACAGGAAUGCUUCACCCUCCAGGCACAAAUGACUUGAGAAGCUAGGGUUUUAAAUACCGCCUUGCCAUUUGAACUGUCUUUUUACAGCUUAUUAAACAUUUUUUUAAAGAGAAACCCUUUGUACAAAAUACUCCCAAACAUCAGUGAGCCUUCUAAUCACUGUUAAUCGUUGGAGCUUUCUGCUAAGCUGCUGCUUAGAAGACUUUGAGUCCAGGAGGAAUCAAAGCCCGGUUAUUUUGCCAAUAAAACAGUUGCUUUCACUGGGGUAUUAGUGUGCUGUAAAUAUUUCUUCUUUAAAUUUUAUUUGUGGUCUCUGGAAGUGCUAAACAUUCCUUCCUUUUCAUUUUUUGGAUGAU